UCUCUGUGUAUCUGUCUCCUCUCUCUCUCUCUCUCUCUCUCGCUGGCAAGCUCGAGCUGCUGGUGAUGGCCGGAUCCUCCAGAUCUGCGACGCGACCCUCGUGAGGUGAUUCUGUGUGCUUCCUUUUGAUACAGUUCAUGUUCUGUUUGUGAAUUCGAUGGGUGUGGAGCUUAAAGUUCUCGGCUUGUUUAGGAUAAAAAAAUUCGUUCGUUUUUUGGUAGCGAUCGAAGUUCCGGCUCUGUUGUGAAUUCGAUUUAGCUGCGAAUUUUGAUUCGGGGGCGAUUGGUUUGGUACUGUCCGUGGGUGUUUCGAUUUGGGUGGUUGACAGUAUGGAUGAACAUUCGCAAAAGAGGAAGCUUCGGGACAUUGAUUGCGAGCAGUCCUCUUCGGGCGAUCCGAUUCUUUGCGCUGGUAAUUGCGGUUUCUUCGGGAAUCCCAGUACCAAUAACCUUUGCUCUAGAUGUUACUACCAGUAUCUGCUGAAGAAACCGAAGGGUGCUAUGGAUUCGACAGCUGCGUCGGAAGGAGCUGGAGCUGCUGGCGGCGGUGUCGAUGUAGUGGAUGGUUGUAGUUGUGACGACGAGGAGGCACCGGCCGAAGCUGUAGCUAACCAGGCAGUGGCAGCAGCUGUUUCGGAGAAUCAGGAGACAAGGGCUGUGGAUCAUUCUGGCCAGCCUUCUUCGAGCAAUCCGGUUCUUUGUGCAAAUAAUUGUGGGUUCUUCGGGAAUCCUACCACCAAUGACCUUUGCUCCAAAUGUUACUGCGAGUAUCUUUUGAAGCAAUCGAAAGAGGCUAGUGGUUCCGCUGCUGCAGCAGAAGAGGUCAAGGAUGAUGGGGCUGCGGAUGAUUCUAGUUAUGCCGAGGAGGCACCGGUGGAAGCCGUGCCUAAUCGAGUGGAAGAGGUGGCAGCAUUAGAGAAUCAGCAGACGAGGCCCGUGAAUCGUUGCGGUUUCUGUAGGAAGCGGGUUGGCCUGACAGGUUUCAAGUGCAAGUGUGGGGAGAUGUUUUGCUCCGUCCAUCGAUAUUCUGAUAAGCACGACUGCAUGUUUAAUUACAAGAGCGCAGGCAGAGAUGCUAUCGCUAAGGCGAACCCUGUUGUGAAGGCCGAUAAGAUUGAGAAGAUAUAACGGGCAUGGCAAGUUAUUGCAGUGCCAUUAAGUGACAUAGUUGCUGCCUCCCGUGUGAGUUGAAGUCGAUUUAGCCAACACAUUAGGAAUUGAAGUCUAUUUAAUUUAUGCAUUAGGAAAUAAGAUAUUAUGUUCGCGAGUAUUUUCAUGUCUUAUGUAUAUAGUUUUGUUUGUGUUCUUGAUGUCAUAAUGUAUCCACUGGAUAAUUUCGUUCCAAGUUUAUGCGGUAGUGUUCUUUUCGUAA